AUGAAGGCUCUCCUCACUCUGGGGCUCUUCCUGCUUUCUGUCACUGUCCAGGCCAAGGUUUAUGAAUGCUGUGAGUUCGCCAGAAUUCUGAAAAUCCAUGGAAUGGAUGACUACAAGGGAAUCAGCCUGGCAAACUCUUUGCUCCAGGAUGACAUCACUCAAGCCAUACAAUGUGCAAAGGCAGUUGUGAGGGAUCCACAAGGCAUUAGAGCAUGGGUGGCCUGGAGAAGCCACUGUCAAAACCGAGAUCUCACCCAGUACAUUAAAAACUGUGGAGUCUAACCGCUGUGUGCCUCCACCUCAGCUCACUCUGUCUCUUUCUCGAUAUAGAAGUAGUUAUGAGAAAGGUCAUACUUCCUCGGUUUCCCCCUCAGACAAGCAGGCUUUUAUCAGAAACAGGAGCAUAUGGAGACUGUUUCCUAAGAGGCUUAAUGCUCACUAAUGUGUUCACUGUUUUAUGGAAAGCCUCCAUUUUUCAGUUAGCCAAUGGGGCAGAUGCUGGUGACAGUGAUGUAGCAUUGAGUGUCACACACAUCUCUGUACAUCAGCUCUUCACCUAUGAAGUAAUUCACAUUAAGUUUCAUCAGAAUUAAUCUUCAUCUCCCCACUGUUUGACAGACAUACAGCAAAUAUGUAAGGAGACAGUAGAUCUUGGGUAAGAUGGCAGCUGUGUGAGCUCGCAGGCCUUGUGUGGGCUCAGCAUCGAGACAGUUAAGAACAGGUACUCUGAGGGUCAAAGUGGGUUUUUAGGGGAACAGAACUUUGGUGGGUAGAAGUGAGACUGCCUCAACAUAGAAAGUUGGUGUCAUGAAACAUGUGACCUUUCAGGAAAUAUUUUCUUAGAGCAGGCCCAUUUAUACUGCUUAUAAGUAAAUUCUCAACUCAGGUGUCAGUCUGUGUUAACCUUUGAGAGAAUGU